GAAAUAUUAGAGCAACUUUUACUCCCUCGCCAAAUGCGGUAAGAAGGCGACCCACCAUGAAGUUUUGUGAAUGUAUGAAGGGCAAUAGCAUUUUGAGCAUUUCGAGCUUAGAGCCGGGGACUGUCUGUUGCCCAGGUAAAAUGCGUUCCGUUAUAUUCAUCCACACUUCACCGUCGCGGACGCAGAGUAUACAGUCAUUGCUUGAGUCCGAUCAACACAGUCCGAAUGUUUCAUUCAGUGCCAAGAGUUCAGAGUGAAAAGUGGGUAUUUCUCUAUGGGAUCAUCCCGCAACAUAGAUCAUGUGGCUUUCCUCAUCCAAUACACAAUCAAUUGCUGCGAUCGCGGACAAUUAGUGGUCGAUAAUGGGAAGUGUUAAAAAAUUAGUGAUAUAGCUGAUGAUAAGUGAAAAGUGAAAAUGCUGGUGCCAAAAGUGAAUUUAAAGUACCUCCUUGUUCUCAUAGUAUGGAUCUUCGUGGUUAUUGCCACAGUGUAUGUGUUCAAUUUUGUCGUGAUCUACGAUCCUCCCGGCUACGUGGAUGGCGAUCGUAGCCGAACUACCCUCAUUCGCGAAUAUCUUACAUCCGGCCAGUACAGUCAACUUGUGGAUGUGGCCAAUGAAAUGGAACUCCUGGUGGAUCCUAUGAGAGAGCGUGAUUUCAAUGAAGUUGUUCGUGACAUUGAAACGAAAGUGCCCUUCCUGCCGUUGGACUUUUGGGCGCGCCAAACUCUAAUUGGGCGCAAGAAAAUGAAGCCACAGUGUGGGAAAUUCCCGUCCAUCUUUGAAUUGGAGAUCAACAAUGAUCUGUGGCAGACACAACAUACAUCCAAUGGCACCUAUCAGCUGUUCGGUGCGUACAUGGACAAUCGCAAGAGCAAUGCCAAUGAUCAGUGGUACGUUCGCAUCUUGGGCAUGAUCGAUCGUGUGGACACACACUUGCCCAUGUUCUGCCAGAUAUGGUACGAUCAGCAGGAGAAACCUGUUACGGUGCCCCUAGAGCAGUACCAUUACAUCUGGAUUAAGAGCUGGGGAAAUGCAUUUAAUGGUCAAUAUCAACCCUAUCUCAUGUCAUGCCCUAUCCCAUGGGAUCUGCGUCACUUAGUUCCCGUGUCAGUAUCUCUAGUUGAACAACAAUGCGCUACCGCUACCAAUAAUCUCAAAGUUAUGUACAAUAGACCUCUGGACAAUGAGAAGAAGAUGUUUGCGGUAUGUGUCAAGGGGUUGGACUUUCCGUAUGAAGAUCUCUCAGUCAGACUUGUAGAAUGGAUAGAAUUGCUGGGAAUCCUCGGAGCGGACAAGAUCUACUUCUACGAUUUACAAAUCCAUCCCAAUAUGUCUAAAGUUCUCAAGCAUUACCAACGGCUCGAUAGGGUGGACGUUUCAAAACUCACCCUUCCUGCAGGAAAUCCUAAUAUCCCCGGUCUUCAACAUCUUUUUCUCACGGAAAAACUCUACCAGAAGCGCCAGAAUGAGAUCAUACCCUACAAUGACUGUCUCUACAAGAAUAUGUACAAAUACCAAUAUAUCACCCUCUUGGACAUUGAUGAAGUGAUCAUGCCCAAAAGAAAUAUUAAAGAUUGGAAAGAGUUGAUGGAAACGAUCUCAGACAAAGCAGACCACGGAAGUCCUCUGCCUUUCCCCAGUUACAAUUUCCGCAAUGUCUACUUUCUCCAUUCCCAUCAUCAUCCCGAUAAAAAGUCCCCAGAAAGCAGGGACAUCCCAGAAUUUCUCCACAUGCUACAACACACAAAUAGGGCUGCGAUCUUUAGCGCUCCGAAUGAGCAUGUAAAAUGCAUCCACAGGGCAGAUCGGAUCCUAACACUCCACAACCACUUCGCCAUGAAUUGUCUUCAGGGAUCGUGUGCGGCUUAUGAGAUUGACGUGGAUGACGCCCAGCUGCAGCAUUACAGAUCGGACUGUGUUACAACAGUGCAUCGAAAGUGCGAAAAUAUGACUGAAUUCUUCGUCCCAGAUAAGAAUAUCUACAAAUAUAAGGAUGACCUUAUAAAGCGCUCCCUCAAAACUUUGUACCAGUUGGGCUUCCUGAAGCUCAGAAAUUACUCUACCACUUCCAACUAGGCCAUUAACCUAAGCGACAUAAUUGCUCAACGAUAUCACUUUUCGCGAUAUUGUCACCUUCUCUACAGUGUUAAUUGCAUCGUGAAGCUUGCACGCGUGCUUAACACUUUCACUGCAGUGGCAUCAGAGACAAAUAAAUUAGCUGUGUAUAAUUAGGAAAUGCACAAAAGAACUCAAUGGCAUUUUGUGAAUUCACCAUUGCAACACAACGUGCUUUAUGGCAAAAAAGUACCCACAACUUUAUGCAAUCCUUUAUCGCUGUAUUUCACGACUAAUAAAUCUCUAUUGAGAGUCACUCCAUCGAUGGACAGUGCAGAGGAGGAUGGCUUAAAAAUUGCUAAAUGACGAAGAACCUUCGAUUGAACAAUUAAAAUACCUCUUCAAAUGGACGAAAUCCAGGAGAAACGCAAAAAAGAGUCAAAUUCAGUGUACGAAAAAAAAGAUUGUUUGAAUUGUUGUAUGGUUGAGUGGAAAAAAAGACAUCGGAUAAGCGAAUAAAUGUCGUCACCUCUGUCA